AUGUUGCAUCCACCUCAAUGGAUUUCAGGUCACGAAAUCGAAGAGGUCGAUAGAUCAAAUUAUGAGGCCACUCGCCAAGAGUUCAUGAGCGCUUUCAAAGAAGAAGAACGCCGGCUCCAUACCUCUGUUUUUGGAGAACCAUUAUCUAGCAUUGUAGAGCAAGGGUGGAAUUCUGGUGCGUUCUGGUAUUCAAUCGCUUUGACAAACCCCACUGGACUUUAUCAUAUGCUUCAUGACCACCUUUUAUUGGGGUUUCCGGAAGAACACCGGGAAGAUGGAGACUUUCUUAAUAAACUUUCAGCAUACUGGGCAGCAGAUAUGAAUUCUUUUGUUCAACAAAAAAUAGAAGACAAAGCUGCCUACGAUAAACAGCUUCAGGAAGAGUUUGAUGUCCAGCCAACGGAUUAUCCAGAAAACAACCCAGACCCCUGA